AUGAAAAUCUUUCGCGACAUGGGGCGGCUGGACGACGUCGUCGUCAUGGCCGUGCUCGCGUCGGCCGCCACGGCCAAGAUUGCCGCUCGCGUGCACCGUGAACUCGUCGAAAGUGGUGUCGCCCACAAUGUGGUGGUGAAUUUUGUCCGACCGGCGCUGCCGUCGUCGAUGUUCCUUGAAGGGCCGAGACGGUCCCGCGCCGGCCUCGUGCAUCGACUCGAGACCGAGGCCAGCAAGUCCAAGCACGUGGUGGACACUGUCCUCGGGCCGCGAACGAACAAGUGCGACAGGUUUUUCUACAUCGAUAACACGUUCUUCCCGUGCGGCACGUUGACGACCAAGGAAAUCCGAGCCCUGGCGGACCACCCGAACGUCCAUUCGAUCACGAAAGCGGGGGUUGCCCACGUCAACCCUGUCAUGGUCUCGGCCGUAGUGUCGGGGGCCAACGUCACCGCGACAAACCAGUGGGGUGUGGACAAGAUCCAAGCGGCCGCAGCAUGGGCGAGCGGCCACACGGGCGCGGGCAUCGUCGUCGCCAGCAUCGACACGGGCGUUCGUGUCUCCCAUGAAGCUGUCAACGGCAACUGGCGCACGAGCUUUGGCUGGUUCGAUCCGCAAGGUGGCACGACGACGCCGACCGAUUCAAACGGCCAUGGCACGCAUGUGAUGGGCACGAUCGCCGGGCAAACCAUCGGCGUGGGGGUCGCCCCCGGGGCAACAUGGAUUGCAUGUUUGGGAUGCCCCAACUCGAGCUGUCCGCAAGCGACAUUGACCGCGUGCGCGCAGUGGCUGCUGUGCCCGACCGAUGCAGUCGGCAACAAGGACUGCACGAAGGCGCCGCACGUGAUCAACAACUCGUGGGGGUCGACCGAUGGCACCGCGACGUGGUUUGAGCCAUCGAUUGCAGCAUGGCGUGCCGCUGGGAUCAUUCCGGUUUUCUCCAACGGCAACAGCGGCAGUGCGUGUGGAACAGUGGGCAGUCCUGGCAUGUCCCCACAAGUUAUCGGAGUUGGUGCAACCGACGCGAGCGACGUCCUGGCGUCGUUCAGCUCGCGCGGGCCCACAUACGACAACCGGGUCAAGCCCGACGUGUCCGCGCCGGGAGUCAAUAUCGUUUCUUCGUACUUUUCCAGCGACACCACGUACGCAUACAUGUCUGGAACGUCGAUGGCUGCCCCCCAUGUGACCGGUGCCAUUGCGUUGUACCUGUCGGCCAACCCGACCGCCACGUUUGCCAACGUGCAGUCGGCGCUCGCCCUGUCGGUGGACACACCUGGCCUAGCUGUUCAAAAUCAAAACUGUGGUGGCGUCUCCGACGCAACGUACCCCAACAAUAACUACGGCUCCAACCCCAGCUCCAACCCCAGUUCCAACCCCAGCUCCAACCCCAGCUCCAACCUCUGCUCCAACUCCCGCCCCAACUCGAGCCCCAAGUCCACCAACGCCAUGCUCGACUCCAAAACCUGCUUCAAAACUAAAGUCACGAUCGUUCUUGGGCAUGCGCUUGGUCCCGUUGCAUGGAACGACGACAUUGCGGCCCAAGUGCAAAUAUGGGCGGACACGUGCCCCGGAUUUGAGCAUGGAGGUCCUAGCAACGGCUGGCAAAACUUGGCCACCUACGACCGAUGCGGCGCGGACAGGUGCUUGGCGAUGGCGGGGGCGGCAUGGCUGUGGUACGACAGCGAAGAGUCGUUGUGGGAUUUCACGACCAACCAAUGCACGACGGGGUCGUGGGCCGAUUGUGGCCACUUUUCCAACAUGAUGAGUCCUCAAGUCACGUCGAUGGGCUGCGGCUGGUCCGAGUGCGACAACGGCGACUUUGUCUGGUGCAACUUUGACGCGCCCGUCAUGUACCCUCGCGUGCCUCCACGAACGAGCACCAAGGCGCAAAUUGCUGCCACGAUCGUCCGUUCUGCGUUGUCUUGA